AUGUCUGCUGUGCGCGGCUGCUGGUACGACGGCAUCCUCGCGACGAGCGCGGCGGCGGCGCCGACCAGCUACUGCCCCGCCGCCACCACCACCGCUGCUGCUCCGCGCGUCGCCUUUCUGGUCGGCGGCGUGGUGCGCGGCUUCGACCGCGAGCGCAUGCGGAAAUCCUUCUUGCAUCACGUCGUCGAGCCGCUCGCGCCCGAUGCCAAGAAUCGCGCCUUCUUCUUUGCGCUCAAGCCCCUGAGGAAGACGGUGAAGAUGGGAAGGAACGAUUUUGCCGAGAUCGACACGCAGAUGGCCGAUCUAAAGUCUGGCAUUCAGACGCUCUUCCCGGGUGCCUCUCUGCACGUUAGCUACCUCCCCGUGGAUCGGGAGGUCCUCAAGAAGCCACCGGGUCCGCUGAUUGCGCCGCCAGACAUGACGCUGCACCCGUGCAACUGCUCGUGCUUUGACUUGGUGCGCGAAUCCGUCGCCGGCUUCGUGUCGGCGAUCCGCCGCUCCUACGUCAUGAUGGAGGAGCGCGAGAAGGCGCAAGGGUGGAAGUUCGACCUCGUCGUCUUCACGCGGCCCGAUCUGCUCUUCUACAAGCCGCUCGCGCCGUGGUGCGACGUUCGCUGGAAGGGCGUCAUGAGCGGGAACGAGUUCACGACCGUCGGGCAAGACUUUAUGUACGUGCUGCCGCGGCGCGUCGCGACGGCGCUGGAUUCGAUCUUCAUGGGCAACAUUGCCACGCGGGCCGGCAGGAAUCGCGACCGGGAGAAGCCGGCUUGCUUCUUCGCCGCGACGGAGACGCUGGGGCUCACGCUCUCGCAGCGGAUGCUGCCCGGCAUCUCCUUCAAAACGUCCGCGCCUGGUCAGGACGCGGCGCUGGUGCGCAAGUUUGAGGAGGGCGACCGCACUUGCCCAGUCCGCCCGACGCACAGCGCGCCGCAUCAGGAAAUGGUCGGAAGCAGUUCGUGGGAUCGCGGGGCCACCCCGUCGGACGCCCAAGCGGCCAGGCGCUUCCGCGGCAAGCAACAUGGCCGCCACCUGCACCUCGUGACUGGGCAUGGUGGAGGUCGCGCGCGUAGGGAACGCAGGCCUGCUUGA